AUGUUCUAUUUCUUUUUCACCUUUACUCCGCAGUGCAAUCACGUGACCGACCUCGCUAACGACUGCAUUUGGGUUCGAUUACACGAAAGACGAUCACUUUUUUCUUUACUAUCUCUCGUUUGUACUUUUCCUUCGUGUUUUUACGUAUUCUUUUUUUUUUCAUUUUGUCUUCCGCUUCUUUUUUCUUUCUUCUUUCUCUCUUCUUUCUCCCCUUUUCUUUCUCCCCUUUUCUUUUUCUUUCCUUUUUCCUCUUUUCCUUCUCUUUUCUUUUUCUUUUCUUUUUCUUUCUCUUUUCUUUUCCUCUUUUCUUUCUCUUUUCUUUUUCUUUUCUUUUCCUCUUUUCUUUCUCUUUUUCUUUUCUUUUCUUUUCUUUCUCCUCUUUUCUUUCUCCUCUUCUUUCUCUUUUCUUUUUUCUUUUUCUUUUCUUUUCUUUUUCCUCUUUUCUUUCUCUUUUCUUUCUCCUCUUUUCCUUCUCCCCUUUUCUUUCUCUUUUCUUUUUCUUUUCUUUUCUUUCUCCUCUUUUUCUUCUCCCCUUUUCUUUCUCCUUUUCUUUCUCUUUUUUCUUUUCUUUUCUUUCUCCUCUUUUCCUUCUCCCCUUUUCUUUCUCCUUUUCUUUUUCUUUUCUUUUUCUUUCCUUUUCUUUUUCCUCUUUUCUUUCUCUUUUCUUUCUCCUCUUUUCUUUCUCCUCUUUUCUUCCUCUUUUCUUUCUUCCUCUUUUCUUUCUCCUCUUUUCUUUCUUCCUCUUUUCUUUCUUCCUCUUUUCUUUCUCCUCUUUUCUUUUUCUUCUUUUCUUUCUCCUCUUUUCUUUUUCCUCUUUUCUUUCUCUUUUCUUUCUCAUCUUUUCGUUCCCCUCUUUUCUUACUAUUUGUCUUCUCUUCUUCCUCUCCUUAUUCAUCUUCUUCCUUUUCUUCUUUUUCUAUUGGAAAAAUCUUCCAUGUUUUGCAGAAAUACAUUCAUUCAACAUGGAAUUAA